UCAUCUAGAAACAGAGUAACAUGGGAAACUCAGCUCAAAGUAAGAGCAAUGGAAUCAUGGGAACUACCUGUAUCUUCUCUCUUCCAGUAGCUUCAGCUUCUCUUAAUCAUACUCAUUGGCCUGGCUCCAGAUAAGUCUAGAAUCACGGCUUGGAAGAUGAAUUCAAAGAAAUCUGUUCUAUUCACCCAUCUAUCUGUAUUAUCCUUUGUGUCCGCAGGAAUGAGGGGAGAAUCAUACUUCAUCGGAAUGAGGAGCCCGGGGCAACAGGGGUACACCCCUGAAGACAGAGGCCUUCUCUUACUCUGCUGCAUAGACAAAGACUGGGCUGUCACUCGGUGCUUUGCGGAAGAGGCCUUUCAGGCAAUCACUGAUUUCAACGAUCUUCCCAACGCGCUAUUUGCAUGCAACGUCCACCAAUCUGUGUUUGAAGGAGAAGAAAGCAAGGAAAAAUUCGAGGGGCUGUUCCGGACCUACGACGACUGCGUGACCUUCCAGCUCUUUAAGAGUUUCCGGCGUGUCCGAAUCAACUUCAGCAACCCGAAAUCCGCCGCCCGAGCCCGGAUAGAGCUGCACGAGACGCAGUUCCGAGGGAAGAAAUUGAAGCUCUACUUCGCGCAGGUUCAGGCUCCGGAGACGGACGGAGACAAACUGCACCUGGCCCCCCCGCAGCCGGCCAAGCAGUUCCUCAUCUCGCCGCCCUCUUCGCCGCCCGUGGGCUGGCAGCCCGUCAGCGACGCCACGCCCGUCCUCAACUACGACCUCCUCUACGCCGUGGCCAAGCUGGGACCAGGAGAGAAAUACGAGCUGCACGCGGGGACGGAGUCCACGCCCAGCGUCGUGGUCCACGUGUGUGACAGCGACAUGGAGGAAGACGAGGACCCAAAGACUUCUCCAAAGCCAAAAAUCAUCCAGACCCGGCGCCCCGGCCCGCCGCCCUCCGUCUCCAACUGAGGGCCUGCUCCAGCUCCCCCCAAAUCCGUCUCCUCCUUGUCAUGUCCUUCUUCCCCUUGGUGUUUGUUUGUUGGGAAAAACAAAAACAAAAACAAAAAGAAUUAAUUGCCUUUAAAUCCCUUGGUGUUUGGUUGUUUGAGAUUCCUUCCUUGUAAUCAAGCCUCUCGGACAAAAGGGCUCAGAAAAGGGAAUGUCGCGUCAUGCCUACCCAUCCGAGUAUCGACCGUUAUCUAGAAGACUGUAGAGAUAAAACAAAAGUAGUAUUUUCUUAUUAAAUAAUCAGCACAGCCUACUGUCUUUGUUCUGUCACGUUGAUCGGAGACAUCCGUCACGGAGAGCCCCCGUGGUGUUUGUGAGCUGUUAAGGGCCCGUCCUCCUGUGUGUUUGCUGGGUUUUUGUUGUUGCGUUCUUUCCACCCCCACCCCCACCCCCGCCACUUACAAUAGGACCCUAAGUAAACUUGACUUUGACCGCAUGAGAUGUUCCUCUCCGUCUCACUCAGUCCUCCGCUUCCCCGGAACAGGCAUGAUCACCAGCAUUUAUUUUCACGAUCUGAAGAGACGCCCUUUCCCCCCUAACUUGUCAGCCCCCGGGCCGGCCAUGUUCUCCUUUAGGAAAAGCCUCACCAACCAUGCUGCUCAAUAGAGUCUGGACAUAGUCACUACGUGGAGACCAUUCUCUACAGCUCUGUUCAGAUUCCCAGAGGCAAACCUGAGCUUGGCUCCAAAGAUAUUCCUCAAUAGAUUCUGACCACCACUCCCAGGAAGAACUUCCCCAUUUCCAUUGGGGGGUGGGGGGCUGCCCGAGGUGAGACAGGCCGACUUCAGACAACACUGUUUAUGAUUAAAGCCUCACCCUGUCUGAAUGAUGUUUCAUCUUGUUUUCUCUUUGUAUAUUUGUACAAAUGUUUCCGCUGUGCUUUUACAAUCUGGGUGUUUUUUAUUUAGUGAUUGUUCGACUCUUAGCUGCUGAAGAACGUAAUACGUGCAUUGCUUCUGGAUGCAUUCAUAUACUAAUCUAGCUAACCUAACACUAUUGCACACUACUACGGAUAAUGCCGAGUUUCGAAAUGGCACGAACGUAUCACCUCCUGUCGACAUAGGAAUGAUUAGCCAACAUCUUUGCUGUGAAGACAACUUGUGUUUCCAUAAAGACUAAGUGUCCGUUGUAGAUGAUCUGAAUGAAGCUAUACCUACUGAGGGGAGUAAGGGCUGAGUGUAGUUGAAGGAGAGAGAAAGGCCGAUGAGUGUAUACCAGUCUCAAUCCCCCACCCUGGCAGACUCCUCAUGCUCAGAAGAGUGGUUUGUUUUCAUUACAUGUGACUUUUGUAUUCCUCUGGCCCAAAGUGCAUUACCGAAGACGCACCUAGAACACCAUCACCUCCUGCUCCGUGUGCCCGGUUCACCCACUCCUGUGCAUUCAUCAGUGACGUUAGCCACAAAUACCCAUCUCAGCGGAGUGGGGGGAGUGCUUUCAUCAUCCAAACCUCAGAAAAGCAACACAGCCAACCGACCGAAGGAUUCCUGCGUUGUUUGUUGGUGUUUUUCCAAUGGACUGAGGUGUAUAUGAGUUCCGUCAGAAACGUCCAACACAGACUGAUCACUCAGAAAUUAAAGUCCGUCCUACUGUGAAUAUAGCAAUAUCGUAACCGACCAGUACCAUUGAAACCGAGGAGAGCGUUGCUUAUUUAAAAAAAAAAAGAAAAGAAAAAUCCUGAGUUUCCCUAGGAAAGAAAUAAAGAGUCCUUUCAAAAGUAAAGUCUGUCUCUGGAGCUCAUUUCCGUUGUCCUUUCUCUGAGACGUGGAAGACUGCAGACGUCCCUAGUGGAGCCCUCACGCCCCCUGGUGGCGAGAUGGUCACACUGCACUCAGUCUGGCUGUCAUGUUGGGGGGCUCCUUCAAGAAUGCAGGUUCUGAAGACACGGAGACGGCCAAUGGGUUCUCAAAGUUCCAAGCAGUCAUUUCCAACCCUUUCGUGAACGUCAGAAAUCUGCAAACGACACAGCCGUGGCCUGGACAACCUUGUCCCAGUCCCCCCAGGACCUGGUGUCAGUGCUGCAGAUCAAGGCCCUCUGCCCCCAGGUUGGGCUCUGCGAUGGGGGGCGGGAAUGGGGGGGUGCGGACAGCAGGGAUGUUCCCAGGAGAGUGGGACACGAUGGGGAAGGCUCCUUGCAGGGCCCUCGCGAAACCCCGUAGAGAUGUUGAACACCAGAGCCGCCUCCACGUUUCCACAGAGCGCACGAUGCAAACCUCUUCGUCACGAUUCGAAAUCUUGUUUUUAAAUGGAGGAGGAGGGAACGAUUUCCACCGACUGAAUCGUUUGUGCACGUGUAUAGCUCAAAGAGCCUAGACUUCAAAUAUAUCUGGUGAAUGACUCUU